AUGGAGGGGAAUCCUCCUUCCGCUUCUGUCACAGUCCCUUUGGCUAGUACAUCUAUUCACUCAAAUGAUAAUUCUAGCUCUCCUUUAAGCUUUAGGGAGGUGGUAGCUACUUUCUCGGAGUGGUUUGACCAAGCCCGUAAAAUUGUAUUUGCAGCGAAAGAAUGGGAUGAUUCAGAGGAUAUUGCUCCUGAUGGCAAUUUAGCAGUGCAAUUUAGUAAGGAAACUUUGUCUAAAUUGAGGCAACCAUGGUCAAUGACUCUCAUGGGCAAGGUUGUGGGUAUUUCUGUUCGUCAGGAGUUCAUGGCGAAAAGGGCUCAAAUCAUGUGGAAAAUCCGGGGUAAUUUGGAAACAAUUGAUUUGGGUAAAAGCAUCUUUUUGUUUAGAUUUUCCCUACAAGACGAUUAUGAGCGGGCUUUAUUUGGUGGUCCAUGGUUUAUCUUUGAUCACUACUUGAUGAUUACUCAAUGGAGACCAAAUUUUCGCCCUCAUCAAUCUCAAUUUGAGACAAUGGCUGUUUGGAUUCGUUUUCCGGAGUUGCCAGUUGAAUACUAUGAAAAAUCAGCUCUGUUUGAGAUUGCGCGUGUAGUAGCAAAGCCAAUUCGGGUGGAUUAUUCGACGGAUCGUAUUACUAGAGGGAGAUAUGCCCGUGUUUGUGUUGAAAUUGAUCUCAAUUUGCCCCUAAUUACGAAAGUAUGGUUCGGUCAUGAGAUUGCGCAAUGCAUUCAUGGAGGUGGCAACAGGGGCAAGCAACAGCAUUCUCUGUCUAAUGUGGGGGAAUGUUCACAUAAGUCAUCUUUUGGUUUGACAGAUGGUAGUGACAGAGUUGGACCGCUUGCAGGUUUUUCUGAAUUGGGUCAAUCUUCUAAAGUACAGGACUCCAAUGGUAUCGUUAUUGGGUCGGCCCAAGGUUUACAACUUGAGAUGGAUAAUAGUUCAGAAGAUUCAUAUGGUCCAUGGACUAUGGUUACUAAUAGAAGGAAACCGAGAAAAAACAUAGUGAUUUCCAAUGUGACUUCUUCUAAGGUUAUUUCCACCAAAACGAAUCGUAUUGAGCAAAAAGAAGCCAAUCAACUUCUAAAUGGCAAAAGAAAGCUUCUGGAGCUUUUUCCCAAAACAAACCUUUAA